AUGGCGGCGGGGCCGGGCCCCGGCGCGCAGGGCGGGGAGGCGGACGAGCUGUUCGACGUCAGGAACAGCUUCUACAUCGGCGCCUACCAGGCCGCCAUCAACGAGGCGCAGCGCGUCAAGCCGUCCAAACCCGAGAAGGAGGUGGAGAGGGACGUGUUCCUGUUCCGGGCCUACAUUGCCCAGAGAAAAUACGGCGUUGUCCUGGAUGAAAUUAAAGCCAAUGCUAGCCCUGAGCUCCAAGCAGUGCGCAUGUUUGCAGAAUAUCUCUCAAAUGAGAGUCAAAGGGAUGCAAUUGUUGCUGAUCUGGACAAGAAAAUGGCAAAAAGCGUUGAUGUAGCUAAUACAACUUUCUUGCUGAUGGCUGCUUCCAUCUAUUUCCACGACAAAAACCCUGAUGCAGCUCUGCGUACCCUCCAUCAAGGGGAAAGCUUGGAAUGCAUGGCGAUGAUGAUCCAAAUUCUUCUGAAGCUCGACAGGCUCGACCUGGCUCGCAAGGAACUUAAGAAGAUGCAGGAGCAAGAUGAGGACGCGACCCUUACCCAGCUGGCUACUGCCUGGGUGAACCUGGCUAUUGGCGGUGAGAAGUUACAAGAUGCCUAUUACAUCUUCCAAGAGAUGGCAGAUAAAUGCUCCCCCACGCUCCUCCUGCUUAACGGACAGGCAGCCUGCUACAUGGCUCAGGGCAAGUGGGAUGAUGCAGAGGGAGUGCUUCAAGAGGCGCUGGACAAGGACAGCGGCCAUCCUGAAACCUUGAUCAACUUCGUUGUCCUGUCACAGCACUUGGGCAAGCCACCAGAGGUUACAAACCGCUAUUUGUCACAGUUGAAAGAUGCACAUAAAAAUCAUCCGUUCAUAAAGGAGUAUCAAGCAAAGGAGAAUGACUUUGACCGACUAGCCAUGCAGUAUGCCCCCAGUGCAUGA